CAUCUGCUUUUCCUCCCAUAAACAAGGUGACAUAGUGUAGAGUGCUGCCAGAGAACCUCCUCGCCUGCUGCUGCUGAAUCCACAGCCUUUCUCCCAGCCUCCUCACCAGACGGUCUGUGACCUCCAGAUCAACAUCUAUCCAUCCAUCUAUCCAUCACCUCCACUGGAGCAGCGCAGCUCCUCCAGACCCCUGGGCCCUGGGACCACUUCUCUCACCUCCCUCCGUCACCGCCCCGCCACCACUCUCCAUCCUCUGCACCACCCCUCUGUCCACCUGUCCUAGAGUACGCUCUCGCCCCUCACUGCCUAGCGCCCAACCCCACAGAGCCCGCCCCAAGCCCCAGCCAGCCCCAGCAUGGAUAAGGUGCAGCACACGAUGCGCUCGGCCAUCCGCAGAGCCUCCAUGGCGGUGGACGUGCCCCCCCAGGCCAGGCAGAACAUGCAGGAGCUCUUUGUCAACUUCAGCCUCAUCCUCAUCUGCCUGCUGCUCAUCUACAUCAUCGUGUUGUUGAUACCACUGUAGCUGAACCACCAACCACCACAGCUUCAGUGAGGGCCAAGCUUGAGAUGUAAUCUGCAUCCAUCCAAUCAUCCAUCCAUCACUAGCCUUCCUGAGGAACCUUCCAGAAGACAGACUUCCUGCUCAUCGGCAUCGUGUUGCUCCUCAUGCUUGUCCUGGUCAAGCUCAUGUAACCGCUGACCUCUGACAUCUGACCUCAUGGCUUACAGUAGUUAGGUUGAGCAAUUCCAGUACCCAAGGGCCACAGAUUCUGAUGGGAGUCCCUCUACCUCUGAUUUGAUCAUAUAAAUACACCAUGGCUUUGACUAAUUACUAUUCAACAGUUGUUCAUCCACAGCAUCAAAUCACUGAAUAAAGGCUGCGAACCUGCUGGAUUAGAAUCCAAGAUCUUGAGCUUUUGGAGAGAAGAAAAGUCUGGGAUUCCAUGAGAUCGUAACAUGAGACGACAAGAUUCAAAAUAUGACAGGAGGAUGAAGCUCCAUCCACCGAUGGUAGAGAAUGUAAAAAAUGUUGGCAUGGUAGAAUCAAUAGCAUGCCCUCCUUCUGUUUAGCUGACCUCCCCCUAGUGGUAGAAUCACCUAACUGCACCACAUUUCAUUCUGGCCAAUGGUUUAUUUUUAAGUAUGCCAUUCAGCAGACACUUUUAACCAGAGUGACUAACAGUCAUGCGUGCAUACAUUUUACGUAUGGGUUUAUAUGAGCCAUAGAGAACAAGCUCUUUAAAGCUUUUACACUCACAGUCAGACUAUUCAAAGCUAUUAAGACCAAAGCACAGAACACGAAUGAUGCCACUGACAAAUGAAAUGGAACUGAAAAUGAUUAAAGCUGCAAUAUGUAACUUUUUUGGGUGACCCUACACAAUUCACAUAGAAAUGUGCGUUAUAGAUCUGUCAUUCUGAUUGAAAGCUAAUCUAAUCUGUUGUAUGUGUGCUAUUUCUAUGCUUCCCAUUUUUUUGUCUUUUACUUUCUUUUUCAGCUACAAACGGCUGAAAAUACAAUAUUUUUGGUUAUGGAAAAUAUAUUUCACAGCGGUUUAGACGGUACAAUGAUUCUCUACACUAUACUUUCUUGUUUGCCACAUAAACUGAAAUUAGGCAAACUAGUAUGUGAUCUUUAAAGGCCCAGUGUAUUCAAAAACGUGAAUUUCCUGUUUUAUAUAUAUAUUUCCACACUAUGAGGUUGGAAUAAUACUGUAAUAUUGUGAAAAUGAUGAUAAUGCCAUAGAGCUGUUUGAAAGGAUUGCCUAAAAUUUCUGCCUGUUUUGGUUGGAUGGAGUUUUGGCCUUCUAUGGUGACAUCCCCAUGCGGUAAAUUAGAUAAUAGACCAAUGAGAAAAAAAGAGUUCCAAACGUCUCUGAAAAUAACAGCUCAUUUUCAGUUUCCCCCUCCUCCCCACUCCCAGACAGUCGCAGCAAAAUUCUUGCUUGAGAAAUUGCCCUUUGCUAAGAAGCAAUUCUUUUACCAUUUUAAAUGAAAACAAUCACAAGUGAGGUACUUAAUUGUUACCCAGAAAUGAUUUGAUGUUGAGAUAAAAACAGCUGCAUAUGACCUUUAAAGUUAUCAGUCCUUUGUGGUGUGAUAUAAUCUCUUGCACUCACAGAGUAACUGUUGAGUUCGGCCCUCCCUUUGGAGACGGUUUGCUUUCCAUCUUUUUGUGUCCAGUUGCUUUUGAACACAGUAUGAGUUUUAGCAUAUUCACAACACAUUCUUCACUCAAUAAAAAUGGGUAUGUAAGUGUAAA